CUGGAUCAAGGAGCAUGUCUGUGUGUUGCCUUGAAGGUUCCUUUCUCCAGGGUUCCUGAGUACAAGCCAGAGAGCAGGGGGCCAGGGCAGAAGCUGGGACCACCUGGGAGAGGAGUCUAGGCCAAUCCAUCUGCAUUUCUCACGCAGGGGACUGUCGACAUGAAGACCCUCCUGUUGUUGGCCUUGACCAUGGCCUUUGGCCUGCUGCAGACCCACGGGAAUUUGCUGGAUUUCCAGAAAAUGAUUCGGUUGGCAACAGGAAAGGAUGCUGUAUCCAGUUAUGGCUUCUAUGGUUGCUACUGUGGCUGGGGCGGCCGAGGAUCCCCCAAGGAUGCAACAGAUCGGUGCUGCGCCGCACAUGACUGUUGCUACAGACGUCUGGAGAAGCAGAAAUGUGGCACCAAGUUUCUGCACUACAACUUUGCUUACCGAAAUGGCCAAAUCGUCUGUGGGAAGCAGGAGAGGUCUGUGCCUCAGGCUCCUAAAGGUCUGAAGGAGCGGCGUCCCUGA